AUAAAACACAAAAACCCUGAACCCUCCACUAUCCCUUCCUCCUCCAGCCGAUUUACUCCGCCACAGUGAAAGGGGUAUUCUGUAUUGGACUAUUUUUCGAUGGCUCUGUAUCUGCUGUACGAGGCAGCGUCAGGGUAUUCUCUAUUCUCCGCCAACGGACUUGAUGAAAUCGGGCAAAAUACAGAGGCUGUUCGGAGCUCCGUUGUUGAUCUUAAUCGGUUUGGGAAGGUCGUCCAGCUCACAGCUUUUCACCCUUUCGAUUCUGCCCUAGAUGCACUCAAUCAGUGCAACUCAGUAUCUGAAGGGCUUAUGACUGAUCAGUUGAGGAACUUUUUAGAGCUUAAUCUCCCAAAAGUUAAGGAAGGUAAGAAGCCAAAGUUUAGCUUAGGAGUUGCAGAGCCUAAAAUUGGUUCACAUAUCUUUGAAGCGACUAAAAUCCCUUGCCAAAGUAAUGAGUUUGUUCUUGAGCUUCUUCGUGGAGUUCGGCUACAUUUUGAUAGGUUUCUCAAGGAUCUGAAGCCUGGAGAUUUGGAGAAAGCCCAACUUGGUCUGGGGCACAGCUAUAGCAGGGCCAAAGUGAAAUUCAAUGUGAAUAGAGUGGAUAAUAUGAUUAUACAGGCUAUCUUCCUGCUUGAUACUCUUGAUAAGGAUAUUAAUUCCUUCUCCAUGAGAGUCAGAGAAUGGUACUCUUGGCAUUUUCCAGAAUUAGUGAAGAUUGUCAAUGACAAUUAUCUCUAUGCCAAAAUUGCAAAAUUUAUUGAGGAUAAGGCAAAGUUGUGUGAAGAAAAAAUCCCAGAAUUGACAGACAUAAUUGGAGAUGAAGAUAAAGCAAAGGAGGUUGUAGAAGCUGCCAAAGCAUCGAUGGGACAAGAUUUGUCUCCCAUUGAUUUGAUCAAUGUGCAUCAAUUCGCUCAACGGGUAAUGGACCUUGCCGAAUAUAGGAAGAAGCUGUAUGAUUAUUUAGUUACAAAAAUGAAUGACAUAGCUCCAAAUUUGGCCUCCUUGAUUGGGGAAGUUGUUGGAGCUCGUUUGAUUUCUCAUGCUGGUAGCCUCACAAAUUUGGCUAAGUGCCCUUCUUCCACCCUUCAGAUCCUAGGCGCAGAGAAGGCACUUUUCAGGGCAUUGAAAACCCGAGGGAACACACCAAAGUAUGGUUUGAUCUUUCAUUCAUCCUUUAUUGGCCGAGCAUCUGCUAAGAACAAGGGUCGCAUGGCUCGAUAUCUUGCAAACAAAUGUUCUAUUGCCUCUCGAAUUGAUUGCUUCUCAGAGAGUUGUUCUACUGUGUUUGGCGAGAAACUUCGUGAGCAGGUUGAGGAGCGACUGGACUUCUAUGACAAGGGAGUUGCACCUCGUAAAAACAUUGAUGUGAUGAAAGCUGCUAUCGACACUCUUGAAAACCAAGAUAUGGAAACAGAAGAAACAGCAAAGAAGAAAAGCAAGAAAAAGAAAUCCAAGUCCGAGGCUACUGAGAAUGGUGAAUCCAUGGAUGAGGAUAAGCUAACUGGUGUUUCAAAUGGAGAUGCUACUUCUGAGGAUGUAAAAUCAAAGAAGAAGGAGAAGCGAAGAUUAGAGCAGGAGCAGACUGUUGAAAAAUCCAAUGGUUUAAAUGGGGUUGAUGCUGAGCAGGAUGGGGCAGCGAAGAAGAAGAAAAAGAAGAGUAAAAAUGAAGAUGGUGAGGACCUGCAGGCUGCUAGUGGCACUAAAAAGAAAAAGAAGAAGUCCAAAGGUGAAGUUGAUGAUUGAGUCUUGGUGAAUGUGUUUGCCUCUAUGGCAAUUAUAUUUAUAUUGUCGAAUUUCUUGAGAAAUCUAGUCGUAGAAUUGUGCCCUUUCUGCUUUUUGGUUGUGUAUCUGAAUAUUAAGAUCAAGUAUUUAAGAACUUUUUCGAAUGUUAAUCCUUCCAUCUUCAAGCAUUGACAUGCUUGAUGCUUCCUCCCUUGUAUCUGCAAUGCAUACCUGUUCUACAGCUGAUCCGGCAGCACAAUAUCAAUGGGGCAAUUCAUUCUAAAA